AGGCAAAACGGACGCUUUUGCUGUGGCAUUGUUAUCUUACCUUUAUCAAUAAAGUUGCGCACUUCAAAAUAACAGGAACAGGAAGUGCAUCACUCAGCGCGCAUGCGCAUUACGGAAGCGACGGCGGCAAGCGUGAUCUGGACGUUGGGAGCAGCAGUGUGAGGAGAGGGAUCUGCCAUCAUGGAUUUCCAGCACAGAGCCGGAGGGAAGACGGGCAGCGGUGGCGUCGCCUCCUCGUCCGAAAGCAACCGAGACCGGCGUGAGCGACUGCGGCAGCUGGCCUUGGAGACCAUAGACAUCAACAAAGAUCCGUACUUCAUGAAAAACCACUUGGGCUCUUAUGAGUGUAAACUGUGUCUCACACUGCACAAUAAUGAGGGAAGUUACCUCGCUCACACGCAGGGCAAAAAGCAUCAGACUAACUUAGCAAGACGAGCUGCAAAAGAAGCGAAGGAAGCGCCGGCUCAACCCGCUCCAGAGAAAGUCAAGGUUGAGGUGAAGAAGUUUGUCAAGAUUGGCAGACCGGGUUAUAAAGUAACAAAACAAAGGGAUCCAGAGACCGGACAGCAGAGUCUGCUCUUCCAGGUUGAUUACCCAGAGAUAGCUGAAAGUAUCGGGCCGAGGCAUCGCUUCAUGUCAGCGUAUGAGCAGAGAAUCGAACCUCCGGACCGUCGCUGGCAGUAUCUGCUGUUCGCAGCCGAGCCGUAUGAAACCAUCGCGUUCAAGGUCCCCAGUCGAGAGAUCGACAAAGCAGAGACUCGUUUUUGGACACACUGGAAUCGAGAAACGAAGCAGUUUUUUCUGCAGUUUCACUUUAAGGUGGAGAAAGCUCUGCUUGCUCCACCGGGUCAGGCGGUGUCGGUCGGUGUGAAGCGUCCGCCUUCACUGAUCACUGGACUCGGUCCACGUCCGCACAGUGACUCCAUGCCUCCGCCGCCGCCGGGAGGAAUACAUGGGAUGCCCCCCGGAGCCCCCAUGAUGCCACACAUGCACCCGCAAAUGCCUCCUCCAGGUGCCCUGCCUCCUCACCUGAGGCCGCCGCUCCCCAUGGACGGGUAGCCUGACGGAUCUCAGAGUUAGACUUCACUUGAAGCCUUUAUAUAUAAUGCAUUGUAAAAGUAUUUUAAUGCAUUAAUUAAUCCACCUUAUAAUGCAUUAUAUGAUCUCAUAACCACAGUUAUAAUACUUAUAUAUACAUAGUUACACCUUCAGAAAGUAUAAUGCAUUAAAACACAAACAAACCUUCAAAUAUUAUAAUGCAUUUUAAAUUUGGUUGCAAUUAUUUAUGAAAAUUACAAUGUGCAUUAUGAAUAUUUUUUUACAAUGCAUUAUACAUAAAGGCUUCAAUUGUUAACGAUUUACCUUUCUAGACAUAAAUGUUUUAGUUUUUCAACUCUAAAUAUGUAGUGAAUUUACACUGAUGUUUAGAGAAUGGAUUUGACCAAACAAUGUCCAAAAGUAAUUUUUAUGCUUUUUUUUUUUUUUUAAUAAAAAAAUCUUUAAAGUUGACAUGAAACGGAAG